GGAACUUGAGCCUGCGGUUUCCAUGGACACCGGUGACGAAAACUGUCGGUAAAGUCUUUAAAAUUGAAAAGCAACUUGAAAUUCUCGUUUCAGAAUAUCCCUGCCGGUGAAAUGGGAGCAUCACUGACCAAGGCAGCCCAGUGGACCAGCUCUGGUACUGGCAAACUGGAGUUCACACCGAUGAAUGAGUCCUUGUUGAAAGAGAUCCUGUGCUUUGUGGAGCAGUUCAGCUCCCAACACCCACAGGAGGCAGAGCAUGUGUUCGAGGCACCGCUCCAAUGGAGUACCACUUUAGUGGCAUCUGAUUUCAAAACAGACUAUGACAUCAGUGACUUGGAUGUACAGUCCCAUGAGAAAGACAGUGAAGGGCUUCCAUUGUUGAAGCUUUCCCCACCUACUGUUUAUGUACGCAGCUUCAGCCAGCUCGCUAAACUGGUUCAUCUGGCAGAUGAUAAGAAGCUGGAGGAGGUUCGAGCAUGUCUAGAAGAAAAUAGAGAUCCUGUGGUGAAGAUUCUUGGUCCCUGCUUUGCUAUCAUGUUGGACGGAGAAGGCCCCCAUACCGAUGUGCUGCAUCUGGUAGGCAAAGACCAAGUAAAGGACUCAGAGGUCAAGGUCAAGCUUUUUCACUUGCUCCAAAAUAUGGACAAACAGCUCCUCAGCAAGCUUCUCGAAAAAAUAUCAGAGCAAGUCAGGCUUGACCCCACCGCAGUAAAGAAUGACAUGGAGUUGUUGAAACGGUUCUGCAGUGAAGGGGAAAAGAGGGUGUUGAAGUCGGUUCGAUACACAUCAGAUUAUGAAUUUGCGAAUGGCUGCCGUGCCCCCCUCUGGAGACAGGUGCAUGGUGAGAUUUGUCACCUUGUAAUUGAAACUUGUGACACUGAAGACCUCUACAUUACCUGCAGCACCACCGGAGUUUUUGUCAAUGGGGGCAUAAAACAGGAGAGGGCGGAGAGUGGCUACGAGCGAACAAGUGAUAUGUACAAAGACCUGGUAACACUUCUCAAGAGCCAAUCUCCAUAUUUUGCUGAGAAUAUAAACAAACAGGAUUUUGCAGUUGAAGAACUUCCAUCAACACAAAGGAUUCAGCAUGUGGAAUCGGUUGAUAAGAAGGAACAAGGCCAACCCCAGAGGUCUUACGAGCAACAGGAAAAGAAUGUGCAUGACAAGGCGAGACAACAGCAGACGCUGUACAAGACAGGCCGCGAGAAGUUUUAUGUACCAUGUCCGAGAUGGAAGAAUCUUGGUCUCACGUUUCCAAGUUGUGAAGCAGAGGAAAAGAAAUCUAGUAAGAGCUCUGCUGGUGCAAUGCCGAAGAAAAAGCUGGGACUGGGAGCCAAGAGCAAGAUCAAAGCAGAAUUCUCUGUGUCCUCUAUACCUGGACGCCUGUCCUCCCAGAAAAUUAAGACCCCAGCAGGCGCCAUGCCAGUGGAACUUUCCAGUGAGAGUUCAUUGGAGAGUGAGGAGGAAGAGGAGCAGUCAGAGCGCCGUGUGGAGAGUGACACAGACCUGCCCCCAGAAUACUGGCAGAUCCAGAAACUGGUCAAGUACCUCAAGGCAGGCGACCAGACAGCCACUGUGCUCACUCUUUGCGCCAUGAUGGACUUUGAUUUGAUGCAGGAGACGUGCCAGCUGGCCAUCCGGGAUGUAGGUGGCCUUGAAGUCCUCAUUAACUUGCUGGAUACAGAUGAAGUCAAAUGCAAAAUUGGAUCUCUGAAAAUACUGAGAAAGAUUAGUCACAACGUGCAAAUCCGUCAGACCAUUGUUGACAUAGGAGGUCUGCAGAACAUCGUGAGGAUUUUGGACUCACCAGUUGCGGAACUCAAGGCCUUAGCUGCUGAGACUAUCGCAAACGUGGCCAAGUUCCGCAGGGCAAGGAGAACCGUCAGGCAUUAUGGCGGCAUCAAGAAACUGGUAAAGCUGUUGGACUUUAGCUGGAAUUUAGACACGCUGACUCCAAACCAGAAGAAGGAUGUAGAGGUGGCCCGCUGUGGAGUUUUAGCAUUGUGGAGCUGCAGCAAGAGUGCCAAGAACAAGAAGGCCAUCCAUAAGGCUGGAGGCAUUCCGCUGCUUGGACGAUUGCUUAAGUCGCGAGAUGAGAACAUGCUUAUCCCUGUGGUGGGGACCCUGCAGGAGUGUUCCUCAAAGGAAAGCUACAGGAUUGCCAUUCAGACAGAGGGCAUGAUCAACGAUUUGGUCAAAAACCUAAACAGUGACAACGAUGAGCUACAAAUGCAUUGCGCAAGUGCAAUCUUCAAGUGUGCAGAGGACAAGCAAACCCGUGACCUUGUGCGCAAGUACAAUGGUCUGCAGCCACUGGUUUCACUGCUAGGCAAGGUGAACAACAAGCAGCUCCUGGCCGCCGCCACCGGGGCCAUCUGGAAGUGUUCCAUCAGCACGGAGAAUGUGGCUAAGUUUCAGAAGCACAAAGCCCUGGAGACCCUGGUUGGCCUGCUGACUAAUCAGCCUGAAGAGGUGCUGGUAAAUGUAGUUGGAGCCCUGGGAGAAUUUGCCCAGAUACCUGCUAGCCAGGCCGUCAUCAACAAGUGUGGAGGCAUCAAGACCCUAGUUAAACUGCUUGUUGGAACAAAUGAGGCGCUGCUUGUGAAUGUAACAAAGGCGGUGGGUGCUUGUGCCACAGACAAGAAUAACAUGUCAAUCAUUGACCAGCUUGAUGGAGUCCGCUUGGUGUGGUCCUUAUUGAAAAACCCCAAUCCAGAUGUCCAGUCCAGUGCUGCGUGGGCCCUUUGUCCAUGCAUUGAGAAUGCAAAGGAUGCAGGGGAAAUGGUGCGCUCCCUUGUCGGUGGAUUGCGACUGAUUAUUGAUUUGCUGAAGUCAACAAACAACGAGGUCCUGGCAAGCAUUUGUGCCGCCAUCGCCAAAAUAGCCAAAGACAAGGAGAAUCUGGCAGUCCUCACUGAUUAUGGGGUUGUCCAACUGCUGGCCAAGUUGACUAACACAACUGAUGACAGGCUCCGUCGCCACCUCGCUGAGGCUAUCAGCCAAUGCUGCAUGUGGGGCAGCAACAGGGCAUCGUUUGGUGAAGCUGGGGCCGUGGCCCCUCUGGUGCGCUACCUCAAGUCAAAGGACAGUGCAGUCCACCAGAGCACAGCCAUGGCCCUGUAUCAGCUGUCCAAGGACCCCCAGAACUGCAUCACCAUGCAUUCGAAAGGAGUGGUCAAGCCCCUCAUCCAGAUGAUGGGCUCUGAUGAUGAGAUGCUCCAGGAAGCUGCUGCUGGUUGUGUGCGCAACAUCCGACUUCUGGCUCAGGCUAAUAGGAAUGCCAGAUUAUUUUAUUGAAGGAAGUGUUUAUGUAAAUGUUUAUCUAUCUAUAUGUAUCAAAUUAUC